UUUGCGUGCUUGCUUAUGAGAUCGCAGUUUGACUUGCAAUGAUUCUGCCCUUUUACGUCGGCCAUUCUAUUUCCUCGCCGCUGCUGCACUACGUGAUCCCAGCCUUCGACAAAGCUGGACAUCACGAUGAGAGCAGCCUCUUGCAGCUCAAUGCCACCAUGAAGACGAUGAAGGCGGACAACCUAUUUCUUAAAUUUGCAGAAGGCAGUAGCUUCUCCACGAAUCUUUGCCUGGUGCCUAUGCUGAUCGCGCUCAACUUGGGCUUUGCAUUUCUGAUGCAAUACAUUGCGCAACGAUGUCGAAUCAGUGAGGUGGCAAAGGCGACCAAGGCUUCUGAGGACAGGUACUCUGCCCUGGCAGCCUUGAUUAGAGACCUCGCCGGAGUUCAAUGCAUAUACUUCAUCACGCGUGGAUGGCUUUCUGGUGGUUCAUAUAAAUGGGUAGCUAGAAGCUUGUGCUGCCUCACCAUACUACACUGGUUCAUUCGAGAGUGGACGUAUGCGCAAUUUCUGUCAUCCCUCACUGCGGACCUCACAAAUUCAGUGGUGGAUCUUCCCAAAUCAAAAGACCUAUCUGUGGUUUACAGCCGAUGCUUUUCGAUGCUUGCAUGGCAAAUUGUCACUGCUCCGGUGUUUCUCAUUUUUGAUCCGAUGAUUCAAGCGUGGUUUUCAUCGUCUUUGCAAAGCUACAUCUCCCAUGCCAUGCUGUCGUCGUAUAUUGGAGGUGGUGGGCAAGCCUAUUACAAGCUCAAGAUGGAUGACGAGAAGCGGGACAUCGACAAUCCGGAUCAGCGCAUCAGCGAGUCCGCGGAGCAGUUCGCGAACAUGGUGUACGUGUUAUUCUCUGGAUUCCUGUCGGCCGUGUUUGGCAUGGCUGCUUGGGCCGGAGUUAUGAUCCAACUGGGCGGCUGGAUGCUGGUUGCCACUUGCGUGGGCAUGGCCUUUCUGCGGCUCAUGCUAUCCAUAAGUUUGUUCGGCAACGCCUUGGUGGAUGCGUUCAAAGAUCAGCUGCAAACAGGAGCUACGUUUCGAUACUCGCUCACCCGCAUUCGUGAGAAUGCAGAGCCAAUCGCUUUGGCCCAUGGGGACCAGGCGGAGCAGGGGCGCUCCAAGAAUCUCUUCAAUAUGCACAUUGACGCAAUCAGAUACAAUGCACUUGUCAACAUGUUGUUUACCACGACCCUGGGAAUUAUUGACUUCUUUCCGGUUGUGAUACUUUGGCUUUACCAAGCUCCUCAGAUUCUGUCAGGUUCGCUGAAUUUCGGUGAUGCGGUACGAUGCCAGACUGGCUACAUGCAGGUGGCCAAGGUCAUGGACUUCUUUGCCACGUCCUUCUCCAAGCUGAAGCAACUGCAGGCCAACGGUGAGCGGCUGUGGCAGCUCUGGGAAGGCUGCGACGAGGCAAACCUGACCCCGCCGGCGAAUUCCACGAUUGAGUUCGUGGCCAGUGAUCCAUCCGAAGCCUUCGGUUUCGACGCCCUUUGCGUGUGCGCCCCCGGAGGGAAAACUCCGGUGGCUGGAGUCACUUUGUCCGUUGCCGUUGGAGGAGGUCUUCUGAUCACUGGCGGCUCAGGCAUCGGCAAAUCUUCAGUUCUGCGGUCACUGGCCGGGCUUUGGCUCAGUGGGGAGGGCACUGUUGCAAAGUCUCCUGGCGCCGACGUGAUCUUUUUGCCGCAGAACUCCUACUUCCCCGUGGGGACCCUGCUGGAGGCCGUCAUCUAUCCGGCUCAACUUGGCCAACUUAGCCACGGCAGUGGCACACAAAGGAGUGGGCUUCAGGUGCAAACCACCUUGGCACUGAAGCGAGCCAUGCUGGGCCCUUUGUUGCGGAAGUGGGGCCUGGAGGAUGUUCGAGACUGGAGCACCAUCCUCUCCGCUGGGGAGAGGCAGCGCUUGGCCUUCGCAAGGCUUUUCAUGCAACUGGCCUUGCGCUCCCGCUGUGAAGAGCGAAGGACUGCGGCGCAGCAUGUUCCCUCGGGGGCUCCGAAAGCUUCAAGCACUCAGGCGCUGUCGCACCUGGCAGGAAGCCAUCCAACGCCAAGGGCGGCGCGGAGCAUGGGCAACGAUCUGUGGAGAGCUGGGCAAGCAAAGGACAGGGCGCUUCGUGGAUCCGGCACUCGCCUCGACGAGCUGAAGCGGCAGUCGAUUCUGAGUUUGGGAGAUUUGCAACAAGCAUCUGCCAUGUGCGGCGAGCUUCCCAGCACCGGUGUCAUCGCGGUGGUGGACGAGGGCACAAGUGCAGUAGAGGUCAGCGUCGAGGCGGCCUUGUACGCAGAGCUCCGCAAAGACCUUCAGCGGGGCACGCUGCUUGCCAUGGCAUCAGUUAGCCACCGUCCGAGCCUUCAGCAGUUUCACGACACUGAGCUGGUGAUCGGCGAAGAGGCAGUGGAACGCUCAGAGGCGGUACUUGAGGAGGGCGUUUGGAGCACGCCUCUCGGAAAGGAAACCGUUUGGAAACAUUUGGACCUGGGCAAGUCGACUCCCUCCUCGCAAGGCGCUUUCAAUGCUUCAAGAUCAUACACGUGCAGCUGAUAUCAGCCAAAGAGGACACACCGGGCUACAUAUGUCGGGGAUGAUGAGAGGAAUGAGAGAAAACUUCUUUGCGCAGCAUGCCCAAAGAAGGCGUGCGGGCUGCAGAAAGAAUUGCAACCGUGCGGAAGUUGCAACA